AUGGAGUCAGUGGCCGCAAAAAAGAGAAAGGUGAGCACCACCUAUAUAGCUGAUGAUAUUUCCUUCUCCAUUCUAUCUAAAUUACCUAUUAAAUCUUUUAAGCGAUUUGAAUGUGUUCGCAAAGCAUGGUCUCUCUUAUGUGAAAACGAUCACUUCAUGAACAUGUUCCGCAACAAUCUCUUAUCUAAUUCUCACCGAUGUCCUUAUUACGACGGGGGAUCUCUGCUUCUAAAGGAUUUCGAACUUGGUAAAGACGUUUUCUAUUCUAUUUCUGGUGAAAGGUUUGAGAACAAUGUUAAAUUAGAUUUCUCAAAUCCAUAUGCAAACCGUUUCAAAAAAUUUCGUAUUUUUGGUUUUGGUAGUAUUAAUGGGACAUUUUGUCUCUAUCAAGAUUAUUAUUAUGGAAACACUGUAUUGUGGAACCCAUCUACACACGUGAUCAAGCUCGUUCCCACUCCGUAUGUGUUAGUUGAGUCGUUUAUUCCAAAUGUUGAGCAUUUUGUUAGCAUAAAUGAUAGAUAUUAUCUUCAUGGAUUUGGUUACGACAAUCUUAGAAAUGACUCUAAGGUCAUAUGUUACGUAACUAUUAGGGGUGAACAUGAUGGCUAUGGAGAUAUGUCUUUAGACCCAAUUUGGGUGAUAUAUAGCUUAAGAACUAACUCGUGGAGGAUACUUAAUGUUUUUGGCAUGCCUUGUUCAUUGGCACGUAUUGACGGCACUCAAGUCUACAUGGAUGGUGUGUGUCAUUGGUUGGCUGAAGAAGUUGAUGAUACCUUGGAGGGACCAUGUUUGGUAUCCUUUUACUUGAGCAAUGAGGUGUUCUUCAUAACACCCAUUCCCUCAUACUUGGAUGAUUGUUUCGAUCUUCACGCAUUGUGGAUAAACUUGGUGGUGUUAAAUGGGUCCUUUGCAUUGAUCUCAUAUCAUAAAGAGACAACUAAUUUUCAGAUAUCAAUUUUGGGUGAAUACGGUAUAAAGGAAUCGUGGACCAAUUUCUUCAUUGUCGGACCGUUGUCUUUCAUUGAGCGUCCCAUCGGAGUGGGUACGAAAGGAGAAAUAUUCUUCAUCAGAGAAGAUAAAGAACUAGUUUGUCUUGAUUUAAAUACUCAAACGAUUGUGAAGCUUGCUUGCAAAAAAGUGAAUUCUAUUGAUCGGAUAUUAAUAUACAAGGAAAACAUUCUUCCAAUUGGAGGAAUAAAAAAUGCUGGAAAUGUUGUUGUUGGAAAUGUUGCAAAUGCUCAAAAUGUUGUCAAUGUUGUUGCAAAUGAAGUAGUGCCUGAACAGUGUGUUCCUGCAAGGAGGCAUAGCAUUAGAGGACCAAUUAUUUUAAAUGAGAGGCCUAAGCAAACAUCAAUGAGGGGUCUUGUACCAGCACAUCCAACUGCUCCUGACGCUAUUAAAGUACCAUAUCCAAGUUAUGGUCCAUCCGGUUCGACUCAAUCUAAAUUCAUGGAGUUUAUCCCAACCCCCAGAUUUCCAAAGAAGUGA